GGCGAAGUACAGUCUCCACCUUCAUAAACCCCUAACUAAAACCUCCACUCACGCACUACACACACUAUGUUUUCACCACCGCCACCAUUCUCGCCGGUUUCACCGAUUCAACUGGCGGUGGCGGCGUUGUUCGGCGCCUCUGUUAUGGCUAUCUCCGCAUUCUACAUCCACAAGCGUAGCGUUGAUCAAGUCCUCGAUCGCCUCAUCAACCUCCGACGCCGCCACCACCAUCAACUCUCUGAUGACGAAGAAUAUGAAUAUUCGGAGUAUAGUGAAAACGUGGAGACUGAUAGGAACGUCAUUAUAUGGAGAAGUAAAAAUAAGGUGUUGAAUUCAUUUGAUGAUCAUAAUGAGGAUAAGGAUGGUGAUAAGGUGAGGAAUUAUCGAGUUUCGUCUUCUUUGCCGAAUGUGAGUGUUUCCAAGAAUGAGUGGUGCAGCGAGGGAGCUGGUGCCCCUAUCCGUUCAUCGAUGUCGACUUCUCUGGGUGAAGUUGAUUUGAUUUCUUCUGAUUUACCACCAAUUCGGACUGAUCAGAGGGACGGAGAGGAGCACUACAUUGGUCAUUCUGGUACAAGUAUGCGAGUUGGAUCAGCUGGUAGGCUUGUCACCCCUAGAUCAGCAGGUGGUUAUACAUUUGAAGGCACUGGUGAUUCGGAUGAUGAAGAAACUGAGCUUCCAAUUACUGAGGACCAUAUGUUGUCCUAUCAAAACGAUAUAAAUCUAACAACUGAAAAUCAACCCAUUGUUGCGACGCAAACUGAAAAAGGGAUUUACGUUCACGUUCAAGAAUCUGAAGCGGUAUUGACUGAAGCAGAGUCUAUAGAUCAUGCUGACAGAAAAAUAGAUACAGCUCCAGCAAACACUGUAGCGAAUGAUCCUGUAUUUAACAACAAUAUUUUCCCACCAACAACUGCAUUGCUUGACUCUGUGAGUGUUGAAGAACAAGAAGUGCUGAAGAUGAUUCAUGAAUGUUUAGAGUUGAGAGAGAAAUAUGUUUUCAGGGAAAAUGUUGCUCCUUGGUCGACAAGUACGAAAAAAUCUGGUUUAGCAGAGAUGAAAAAUGAUCCAUUUCACUUUGUCCCUAUUGAAGCAUCUUCUCAUUUCUUCAAAAUGGAGGAUGGUGUAGUACGUGUUUAUGCCAGUGAAAGUGAUACUGAAGAACUUUUUCCUGUUGCAAGUUCAACAAGAUUUUUCACUGAUAUGCAUCAUCUCCUGAAAGUAAUGUCUAUUGGAAACGUUCGGUCUGCAUGCCACCAUCGGUUAAGAUUUCUUGAGGAAAAAUUCCGCCUCCAUUUGUUGGUGAAUGCGGAUAGAGAAUUUGUAGCUCAGAAAAGUGCACCUCAUCGUGAUUUUUACAAUAUAAGGAAAGUUGAUACUCAUGUGCAUCAUUCUGCUUGCAUGAACCAAAAGCAUCUUCUUCGGUUCAUCAAGUCGAAGUUAAAAAAAGAACCAGAUGAGGUUGUUAUCUACCGUGAUGGUCAAUAUCUUACACUGAAAGAAGUCUUUGACAGUUUGGAUUUAACAGGGUAUGAUCUUAAUGUAGAUUUGUUGGAUGUGCAUGCUGACAAGAGUACCUUUCAUCGAUUUGACAAAUUCAAUCUCAAGUAUAAUCCUUGUGGACAGAGUAGGCUUAGAGAAAUCUUUCUGAAGCAGGAUAAUCUCAUCCAAGGGCGUUUCCUAGCCGAAGUGACAAAGCAGGUUCUGUCAGAUCUGGAAGCAAGCAAAUACCAGCUGGCUGAGUACCGAAUAUCAAUUUAUGGGAGGAAACAGAGUGAAUGGGAUCAGCUGGCAAGUUGGUUUGUAAACAACGGGAUUUAUAGUGAAAAUGCUGUUUGGUUGAUUCAGUUGCCAAAGUUAUACAAUGUGUACAGGAGUAUGGGGACAGUAACAUCCUUUCAGAAUAUAUUGGACAAUAUCUUUAUUCCACUUUUUGAAGCCACUGUGGAUCCGAAUUCCCAUCCUCAGUUACAUGUUUUCUUAUUACAGGUUGUGGGCUUUGACAUAGUUGAUGAUGAAAGUAAGCCUGAGAGGCGUCCAACCAAGCAUAUGCCAACUCCAUCAGAAUGGACAAAUGAAUUCAACCCCGCCUUUUCUUACUAUGCUUAUUACUGCUAUGCGAACUUAUAUACACUUAACAAGCUCCGUGAAUCAAAAGGGCUACCGACCAUCAGAUUUCGUCCUCACUGUGGGGAGGCUGGAGAUGUUGACCAUUUAGCUGCUGGGUUCCUUCUAUGUCAUAAUAUAUCACAUGGAAUAAAUUUGCGAAAAUCCCCAGUCCUGCAAUAUCUUUACUAUCUCGCUCAGAUUGGUUUAGCUAUGUCGCCCCUAAGCAACAACUCGCUCUUCUUGGAUUAUCAUCGCAAUCCAUUUCCAAUGUUCUUCCAGCGUGGCUUAAAUGUCUCGCUAUCGACUGAUGAUCCUCUACAAAUCCAUUUAACUAAAGAACCUCUUGUUGAAGAAUAUAGUGUAGCGGCAAAGGUAUGGAAGCUUAGUUCGUGUGACCUUUGUGAGAUAGCUAGAAAUUCUCUCUAUCAGUCUGGUUUCCCUCAUGCAGCCAAGGUGCACUGGCUAGGAGAUGUGUAUUUUAAGAGAGGGCCAAGAGGUAACGAUAUACACAAGACUAAUGUGCCAAAUAUUCGGCUUUCCUUCAGACAUGAGACAUGGAAGUCAGAGCUGCAAUACGUCUAUGCUGGAAAAGCCAGACCUUCUGAGGAGGUCGACCACUAGAGGAAUGCUAGUAUGAAUCCCACAGCUCGAUGAUGAUGCAGCUUUUUCUUGCUAAUAUAUGUUUCCAGUAGGUAUAUACUCGAUAUGUAGUCUCGUAUUUUGCUGCCUCUAUGGCUCUGCAUAUGUUACACCAUCCUCAAGGUGAAACAGAGAAUUUGAUCUGGAAAUUUCUCCUCUGUUGCCUAAUAAUCUUACAAUUCCCUUUGUGUUUUUGUUUCUAGUUUAUGUAAUUCAAGUAAAUGAAGUUUGAAAA